AUGGAGGGGGGAGCUCCCCUGGGCUUGUCAUUGCUUGUGUCCAUUCAGGCAGUCAUUUUCGUUGGCGGGCAGUCGCCUUUGUUUGUGGGCGGUUGUAAAUGUUCGUGGGUGGCUCGCCCUCGUCUCGUUCGUGGGCGCUCGUGGACAUUCGCGCGGGUGGUCGUGGACAUUCGUGGGAGCUCAUGGUUGUUGGUGGGUGCUCGUGGUUGUUGGUGGGCGCUUGCGGUCGUUGGUGGUCGUCCGUGGGCAUUCAUUUUCGUCCGUGGUCCACCACCCACACCUUCAUCCAUCGUCGUCUUCAUUUUUAGGGCAGUCGUCGUGGUCUGCCAGGCGAAACAAAGACGACGAACGACGACAUCAGUUGUCGUUCGUCGUCCGGUUGCCACGUCGCAGCUAGCGAUGUGGCACCUCAUUGGUGUCAGAAGGGAAAAAGCUGGGGUGGUGACUGCUUACCAGGCUGGGUACGGCACAACCUCGUCACCGUCGUCCUCGCCUGCCGUCGAUCUCCUUCGAUGUUUGGGUGCGCCAUGGGUGUACGUAGAUGUUGAAGUUCAAGAUCAUGCUCUGAUCACACUCACUAAGAUUCUGAGACUACAAAAUCCCGAAAAGUAG